UACUACACCUUGUGUGAGAUUAACAGCAAAACACAUCGACACAACAAUAGUGUGUGUCUGUCUGUGUUUUGAAAGAGAAGAAAAUGAACACUACCCUCUCCCCUUCUCCAUCUCCGACAACCUUCGCAUCUCCGCCUAGGUUGUUGUCCAAAACCAAUACUUCCUUUUUCAUUUCCAACAUCCUCGUUCCUUCUUCUUCUUCCGCAUCCACAUGCAUUCAACUUCCCACUAAAAGGGGUUUUCAUUCAACUGGAUUUCGCUGCAACAGUACCUUCUUCCCUGGUGGACCCCCCUCUGGUGAUGGUGAUAGCAGCAGCAAAAAUGUUCUAGAUGCAUUUUUCUUGGGAAAAGCUCUGGCUGAAGCUCUAAAUGAGCGAAUCGAGUCCACAGUUGGCGAGUUCUUGAGUACAGUUGGAAGACUUCAAGCUGAACAACAAAGACAAGUACAAGACUUUCAGGAAGAUGUAUUGGAAAGAGCCAAAAAAGCAAAAGAAAAAGCAGCGCGUGAAGCUGUGGAGGCACAGGGACUUGUUUAUAAGUCUGCUGCUGAUACAGAAGUUGUGGAGUCAGCAACUUCCAAUUAUUCAACCGACCCAGUUACUUCGGUACAGAUUACUGAUGCAUCUGAAACAUACAUUGAGCCCACCAAAGGAGAGGAUUCCAAUUUAAGUUCAUAAGUUUUAAUAUUAUGCUUCGCUUUUCAACAGGUUUUUGUUAAAUGUGUUUACUGCCUUAUAAGUUAAAUAGACAUGCCAUGACCUUUUUCAAAAUUCCAUCCUUUCUGAUAUAUUUCUUGUAAAGCGAUAAAUAAGUUCAAGUUCUUGACCAGAUUAUCUUUACUUCUUCCUUCGGUGUAACAAAAUUCCGUUUAACUCGGCAUGUAUAACAGUAUAUGUAAGUAUUGUUGAAACAUACACCAUGACUAUUACAAUGUCGGUGCUUCUUAAAAUUGAAAUAUGAUUAUAUACCUUGAUGAACAUCGACAACUAUGAUGUUUGAUCCUUGUGAAA